CCACGUGACCAUCGUGUCCCACUAACGCAUUUAUCCCACAGCAGUGAGCAGCUUCCAUUACCCCGGGAGUGGAGGAAUUAUCUCUGGGCGCUUUGGAGUAAUUAUUUUCUUCGUGGAUUUUGGUCGGGUUUUUUUGAGAGAGACCACAAUGCCAGAGCCGACAGAUUUGAACGGGCCUGAUCUAGCAAAGACGGUGGGGGGCGGGGCUCCAGGGAAAGAUGGAAAAGACACUGUAUCCAAUGGCCAUGCAGAGGGAGAUGUCAACCCUUUUGCAGAGUACAUGUGGAUGGAGAACGAGGAGGAAUACAACAGACAGGUAGAGGAGGAGCUGUUGGAGCAAGAGUUCCUGGAGCGCUGUUUCCAGGAAAUGUUGGACGAAGAGGAUCAGGAUUGGUUUAUUCCAGCAAGAGACCUCCCUCCAGGGAUGGGACAAAUUCAGCAGCAGUUUAACGGCUUGUCUGUCAGCGACAGCAACAGCAACACAGAGGAGAUUGUGCGCAAGAGCAGCUUAAACCCUGAAGCCAAGGAGUUUGUCCCAGGAGUGAAAUACUAGGGCUCAUCCUCACCCUCUGGAGUGGAGUCCUCUCACAUGCACAUACAGAGACUUUUUUGGCUGAAAUUGGCCCAGCCAUGUAUAUGCUCUCAUUAAAUAUGUACACACACACAGCUGUGAGGGGCUGGAGGAGGAGGGUGAGGGUUUUUUGGGAGGGGAGGGAGGGAAGAGGGUUUAUCUAUAAGCUUUUUAUUUUUCCAUUUGUUACAUGUAAAUCAAGGGCAGGGAGUUUAGAUGCAGCCUCUAGGAGGUGCCAUGGCAACCUAACAUUGUACUCAAAACAGAGCCGUUUUAUUUCUUUGUAUUGAUAAUCCGAAAAGACAGAUCACCCCAGCUCUCACUUAGAAGUCCGUGCCUGAUAAUGUAUUUACUUUCUCCUUGCCUGGAUUUUUUUUUUUUUUUUACUACAAGGGAAGUUUUUGUCUGGCUGGGAAAUGCAUGCCCCAUGACUGUGGGUGUGGAGGGACAGGUGUGACUGGACGUAAAAUGGUUCACUGGAUAUAUUGGGCCAGUUUGAGUAGAAUUUCAAGAAAACGCUGUGGAGGUUUUCACAUGAAAACAUUAUUUGAUUUUGAGUAGAAAUUCUUACAUGCAAGAAUGCAGUAAUUUGAAACAAAAAGGAAAAAAAAAAAUAAAAGUAAAAAUGUUGGUA